AUGGAAUUUCUAGCAAAGAAGAAGAAGCAACAAGAAGCAUUUGAUGAAUUGAAGAGAAGGCUUACUUCAGCCUUCUUUCUUGCUUACUCUCAGAAUAAUGCUGAAUUAGUUUUGUAUACAGAUGCAUUACAUCUUGCUCUUGGCACUGUUCUAUCUUAG